UUUCUGGUUCGACAUUUCUGUUUCCUCUCCCAAUUUUCUAUGUUCUGCUUCUGAAGGAGUGAGAAGCAACAUGGGAAGAAACAAACAAGAAAAAGACACCAUGAAUCGCAAACUCAAGGAUAUAGUAAGAGGUGAACUCCAAGGACUGGCUUCAGGUUCUUCACCAAACUCAAGAACUCAAGAUGGAAGACCAAGCAGCAUGAUAGUUAAGAAGGCAAUCACCAUGUUUCCUGCUCACUUGAUAGCAGAAGCCAUAUCCUCACUCAGAGGCCUUGAUCUGAGAUGGUCAGGUCCAAUCACACCAAGUGAGAUGCUCUAUGUUCAGCAAUACAUCUUCGCAAAGUACCCAGAAUACUGCAAUGGACUAGUGGAAGAUGUCGAAAAACUAUACAUCGAUAAUCUUUUGAUCAACAAAGAAUCCUCAGGAACUCCACCCUAUGAUAAGCUCAAGUUACCCAAGAGUGUGACAGCAAAGGAGUUGUCCCCAUUCAGCAGCACUCACUCCGACUUGGACAGGACUAAGAUGGAACCCUCAAGACUUCUCGACAUCCUGACCAAGAAAUCCUCGUUCCAGGGUAACUUUGUAUCCAUUCCUGAGGUCCAAGCAAGGAAUAGGGCAUUGAAGCAAUGUGGGUUGCAAGAGGAGGACUAUUUAGUCAUUUUCAUGUCAAAUUACAAAGAUGCAAUGGUGAUGAUUGGUGAGAGCUACCCUUUCUUCAGAGGAAAUUACUAUAUGACCAUUGUGGGAAAGGAGACUGAUCCCAUAAGGGACUUUGCAAGUACCAAAGAAUCUAGGGUUAUUUCAGCACCAGAAACUUGGUUGGAUUUGAGGAUAAAAGGGUCACAACUUAGCCAGUACUUUAGGAGAAAGUGCAAGUAUAGUCCCAAAGGAAUGUUUUCCUAUCCUGCCACUGUCAAUGGGACUAAAUACUCAAUGCAUUGGAUCUCGGAGGCACAUAGGAACUCAUGGCAUGUCCUGCUUGACGCAACCGGCUUGGUUUUGGGGGAGGACCGGUUAACGCUUGCGCUGUACCGACCGGAUUUUGUGAUGUGCACCCUCAACAAUACACACACCCAGCCAUCCAGCAUCACUUGCCUCUUGGUCAGGAAAAACACAUUUGACACUAUGACUAAUCCAGCCUAGGGUUUCAUCAUGAUAUUGCUUUUUGUAACAAUAAACAUGUGUAAUUUUUAUUGCUUUAUUAUUCCUGUGAACUCUAAUUUCAUGGACCUGAUUGUACGUGUAAAUGGAGCAUAGUAAGUCUUUCUUUUUCUUGUUCCUACUCCUAUUUUUCAAAACCUAAUAGUCUUGACA